AUGGGCUCCCUCCCCUCCGACGUCGAGACACUCACACUCUUUGAGCCUCGCGAUGCCUUUUCCCGCGACGUGGACGACCAUAUUAAAAAUUGUGCCUUAGCACAGUCCUUACGAGCGAAUCCGGACUUCAAAGAGUCGAGGCCACACCUCAAGAUUCCGCCUGAAGUCCGGCAACACAAUUUGACUGCGGGGACUUUGUCCGGGCCGAAUAUGCUCGUGGUGCCACCCUACCACUUUAACGAGAAGGAUGGCAAAUCCAUGGUACAGAUAUUCUAUGUGGGUACAGAUAUUAGUGGCCAUCCAGGCGUCGUUCACGGCGGGUUCCUGGCCACAAUGCUCGACGAAGGGCUUGCACGGUGUGCAUUCCCCGCCAUGCCCAACAAGGUCGGCGUAACAGCGAGUUUGGAGAUCAACUAUCUCAAGCCGACAAUGGCGGGCCAAUUCCUUGUUCUCAAGGCGAAGACGACCAAAGUAGAUGGGAGAAAGGCCUGGGCGGAAGGAUGGAUCGAAAGCCUCGAAGUUGCUGAAGGAGAAGAACCAAGCAAACUAGUCGAAGCCAAGGCACUUUUUAUUGAACCUAAGCAUGCAAAGUUGUUACAAUCACUUUACAAGGCAACGGAUUGA